UGUUCUUGCCGUCUUGUUCUGCCCCGUAUGUAAAUGGCACUCAAAGCGAGUUGCGAGGUCAUUCUUGCUGAGAGGUUCGCUUGGCUCGGUUAGUUAUCAUUUCUCGCUGGAGAGAAUUAGGAUGAAUCGGCCGGAAACACCUACACCCUCGCUCCUCAGCCGUCUGAUAUCAGCUUUAACUCUUCUUAAUUUAACCUUCAAUCUGUCCCAUCAGCCUCCUGCCGCUGCUACUCCUCCUUAUGAAGAUGGUCCUGAAGAGCAAUCUCCAGAAUCCUCUGAUGCCACCAUACUGGACUCGAAAUUCUCACCGGCUUCCGCUUUCGCUCCCUCUUCAACAAAUGGAACAAGGGACCGCUCCUUCCAUGUAGUCGACAUCGGGGAUGGCUCUUUCCUUUCAUGCUCGGAGGCUUCUUCCAAACCGUCCCAUCAAACUGCAGCGGCUUCUCCAAAGUCAACUCUGCAGAGUGACUCUGAUACGGGCUUCCCGCCACAACGCCCAGCAUCAGAUUCCAACUUCUCAUCGACGGCUCCGGCAAGCUCUUUUGAUGUGCUGGAAAACAUUCUAUUAUCAUCUCUAUUCACUCGCCUCUCUUCGAUCAACAAUAGGUCCUCGACUAGGGUUUCCUCUUCAUGGAAAGUGCCCUCUCCUUCGUCCCCGAGCAAACCCAUUCACGACCCUACUAUUCCAAAUACCCACUCACAGAUUUCGUGCGCGUCACAAGAAGAGAGUGAUAACAUGCGAGCUGAAACAAGUGGAAGCAGGGACCCCUCCUUCCAUGUAAUGGACGUCGGGGAUGCCUCCUUCCCUUCAUGCUUAUCAUCGUCUUCUUCCUCAGCAGUCUCUUCUUCCUCUUUUUCAUCAAAAGACUCGUUUCCUGCAUCUUCCACCCCAGCCCCCACCACCCAAAAUUCACAACCAAAGGCUGAAAUGUCAACUGAAGUGAACAAUCCUGGCAGCCUCCGUUUGAUGAGCUCGGGUACUUCGAACCCAUUAUUGCUUUCAUUAUCAGAAGUCUCUUCUCGAGAAGAAAGUAGUGCUCUAUCAUCUUUUUCAUCUGCAACACCUCUCAAUCAAGAUUCACAGCCAUCAGUACCUUUCCAUCUUUCACUCCAAUCGCUUUUGUCUUCCACCAUCCCUUCUCAACAAGGUCCAGCGACAUCCCUACAAAAUUCACAGCCAGAUACUGAAACGACAAGGACAGAUCCUGAUUCGCUCCAUGCGGUGGAGAUCCCUCGACAAUGGGGCAGGGUUUUACUUGUUGUUGCCACGUCUACUAUAAUUGGCGUGGCAUUCACUGCGAGACACCUCACAACCGCCGUGAUAUGCGUAGUAGUAAUUGCAGAUUGCAUUUCCAUCCCUUGUAUUUUGAUCGUCGACAAUCUGCUCUCUAAGAUUCCUGGCAAAACUAUUCCUUUCCUUGUGACAUUUGGACAAUCCAUGGCGAUGUUGGGGUUUUUUGCUUUAUCAUUUGACCUCUUACCUAGAUACUUUAAAAUUGUCCCUGUUCUCUUCUGGGUUGGCAGUAGUAUUGCAGUUUAUUUUGGCGUUACUUCCAAAAGAGAAGGUAAAGGCGCCUGAAAGAGAAGGAGAAGGAUCAGUAGGAGACAAGGGGAAGACAUUUGAGGCUUGAGGCUUUAUAACAUUACCGAACAUUAGGGCAUUUUCUCUUGGCAUGCGUGUACUUUUGGAAUACUUUGAGUAUUUUGACUUAUGUUCAAGUUUUUGAAUGGAUCAUGAGUUUUAAUUUCCUAUUAUUCAACUUGAUUUGAUAUGCUAUUUUUCGAUUGCUACUGUUGGCAUUAUGCUCAAGGGAUUGAAUCUUAUGAUGAAAUAUGGUAUUGAAACCCUUAUAUUUGGUAUGAAAUUUAUGUCGGAAUGUUAUUUGGAUAUUGAUCGAUUUAAAGGUUUAUGAUUUGCUA